AAAAACCAAACAGCAAACGAAACCAAAACAAAAACCCAAAGCAUGGAAAACCAGGAGAGAAGAUCAUGACACAAGAAGAAGCAGUAGCAAGAAAUACAAUAUUUGUUUUAGGGUUUUAAUUUGAAUUUUUUUCUGGUGAGGAGGAAAAAUUGCACGGAAAGUAUGGAGGAAAUAUUGUUCAGGAUGAAGAGGGAGGUGAUUGAAGAUGUUGCGAUAAUAGGGGGGUUGGUAGGGGUGCAAUUUGUGUAUGCUGGGAAUGCUGUGUUGCUAAGCUAUGUCAUGUCUUUGGGGCUUGACCCUCUCACCAUUGUUAUCUUCUCUACCUUGUCCACUUUCAUCGUCCUCUCUCCCAUUGCCGCUUAUUUUGAAAGGCACACAUGGCCGAAGAAAAUCAGCUUGAAGUUCUUGAUACAGUUGCUUUUGAUCGCCCUUGGAGGGGUAACUUUGUUCCAGACAUUAUUUCUAAAGGGGAUCCAGUUGACUUCACCAGCAAUGGCAGCAGCCAUGCCAAACCUUGCUCCUGGGUUUAUUUUUGUCAUCGCGUGUACUGUUAGAUUGGAGAGAGUGAAAAUUAGUUGCCUAUACAGCAAAAUGAAGAUUCUAGGCACAAUUCUGUGUGUGGUAGGAGCUAUCACAAUGAGCGUAAUGCAAAGCACUGCCAGUCCUUCCGAAGCAGAAGCACAGCCCCAAUUUCGAGCUCCUUCCCCUGAAUCACUCUUUGAUAAGCAAAAGAUUAUUGGUUGCUUUUAUCUCCUUGCUGCUGUGUUUGUUUUGUCCAGUAAUAUUGUCUUGCAGGCUACAACAUUGGGUGAUUUUCCUGCACCUAUCUCCUUGUGCGCCAUAACAUCUUUGAUAGGGGUGUUUCUAACUGCAGCUGUACAAUUUAUUCAAGAUCACAAAAUAGAAACUGGUUGGCCACUUGUGAGUGCAAAACAAUUGAUUGGCUUCUCUCUACUGGGAGGUGUAGUAAGCGGAGCAUGUGUGAGCUUCAACGGAUGGGCAAUGAAGAAAAGAGGGCCGGUUUUGGUUUCCAUGUUUAGCCCCAUUGGAACAGUUUGCUCGGUUGUUCUCUCAGUUAUCACAUUGGGAGAUGCCAUUAGCGUUGGAAGCUUCGCUGGUAUGUGCCUCAUGUUUACUGGGCUCUACUUCUUCCUAUGGGCAAAGGGGAAGGAAGGCUACAUCGAUGUGCGUGACUUAGAAAGUGAGUUUGAUGCAGAGAAGCCUCUGUUAUGUUGAUAUCAUUUGUUUGUGUAUAUAUGGGUUUUGGCUUCAGUUUAGACAGAUAGGGAUAAACAAAAUUUGAAGGAAUCGUUCUACGGGCUACAGACUAAUCGCCUGUAAGUAAUGUGCAUGAUUUUCAUGCAUAGUACUAGUGUUAAUGUGACAACACAACUUGAUGGAACAAGCUAUGUGCGACCGAUAAAUUCAGUAAAAUUGUUAUAAAUUUGCUUAA